UUCUGUGCAGUUUAUCUUAAUUCUAGUAUUACUUUUUAAUACACACACAUUUUUAAGUGUUCUACGGGAUAUCGUUUCUUGAUUUGUUAAGCGAGUUUAAAAUGGUCCAAACUAUGGACACACAAUUACUUCUUCCUGCUUCCUCGUGGGAAGAUGACAAUAGACAUACCAUGUUGUCACGAUCACCAAGCAACAAACCUUCAAUCGUCCUUGACGAUGGAAAAUGCGUGAUGCAAGCCAUGAAUAACGCUGUUGCUUAUCGAAAGACUGAUUGUGAAUCGAUUGAUGAAAUAUUGAAAUAUUGCGGCAGUAACCCAUCAUCGCCUGUCGGUGUGUCAACACCUCGAUUAGGAGUGCGAGCUUUGCAAUUGGGAGGUGGACUGAACGUUCCUGGUGCUGCUGGAAAUGUUCCUUAUAUGCCGCCUCUUAGAUCACCAAGGUUGAUAUACAGCGAAAAAUCUCCAGACAAGGAAGCUGAACAAAACCGAUUCAAAUUUCCCGCAAAAGCUGGUUCUGAAAAGCGACGCAGACCAAAGAGACGAUCACAGCGAACGAAUACAACACCCAUUUUAGGAAGAGCUGCUAAAAAUUGUUUUCUGUUGGGAGCUUUCAAUAAAGAUUACAGCGUUGAAAGCGUUUCUACUGCGCUUUUGCAAGACGAUCAGGAAAGUAGUGAAAUGUUCAUGUCAACAUACACAGUAGUGAUCUUAGGAGAGUUGAGUGUAGGAAAGUCUGCAUUGUGCAGAAAGUUUUUCCGCUCUGGCAUAAAGGCAGACGCUGAAAACAAUAAAUCAAAGAGAAAUGGCGGAACAGUGCCUCAGUACGACGAAGAUGAAGAUGACGAUGAAUUUAUGGAUUCAUAUAUGGAAGAAACACAAGACGAUGCAACACCACGAUCUGAUAGUCAUCAUAUAUAUGAAAGGCCUGUAACAGUCGAUGGUCAGUGUACAAGGAUACGGAUUUUGGACAUAAACGCCGAGAAACACAGAAUGGAAUGCGAAGAUGUUGGAGAUUUCGAACCUUAUUUACACACUGGAGAUGCCUACAUUUUGGCGUACGCAGUAACAGAUAAAGGGACAUUUAAAACAGUUUCCCAAAUCUUAUCUCGCAUGUCACAAUUUCAUGCUGAAAGAAUGUCUUCUCUGCCAGUGAUAAUUGCCGGGAACAAAUGUGAUUUAGUGCGCAGAAGACAAGUCGCCACAACAGAUGGCGUAAGACUUGCUGCAAGGCACGGAGCCAAGUUUAUUGAAACGUCGGCAUCACUGAAUCAAAACGUUUCAAAGCUAUUUGAAGGAGUUAUUCAACAAAUUCGUUUGCGUCAGUGUACUGGCGAAGACGGCGAAGAAGAAGUUCCAUUGACAGACAUGAGUGCAAAGAAACCACUAUCCCACUCGCUGAGUGACGACAGCGAACGUCAGAGACGAUGUACGCCACCAACAAUGGCAUCUCUCGGAUUACCUGGUGGCGUCGCCAGUGGAACACAGACUCGCCGCAAAUCUUUAGACGCACUGCGCAAUAGUCGACUUGACUUUUCAGCGUCAUCCGCUCAACCGGAAACCAGUGGUUUAUCUACUGGAGCUUCGAACGAAACAUCAGGUUAUACGAAGCGACUAAGUCGAUGCUUAUCAAAAAUCUUACAUCGCAGAGAUAAAGGCGAAAAAGCUCGUAAAAGCAAAUCAUGCCAGGACCUGUCAGUGCUAUAAAUUGUUUUACCAAUUUAUUAAAUGUUGUUUCAUUUUGAUGAUUUUUUAUGAGAUUCAACUACUACUUUUGUAGUUGGUCAUGGAAGUUUCCCAUAGCUAGCCGGGCAUAGCUAUAUUGAGUGUCAAGUACCAUUUCACGAACGAACUGGUUUUCCACCUACAUCCUAACUUGUUCAUAUUAUCUAUUUUCUCGUUCUUGAAUCAAAUAGAAAUUGAUUUCAGUAUAUAUUAGGUCCAAUUAAAUAAUGUAGUUCUUUGUGAUGCAUUUCACACAUUUUUCCCAACAAUGCAGCAGUCGCUUGGAUAUAAGUUAAGUUGGAAUGCUGCUGAAUUUUGAGUAUGACUACCUAAUUUCGAAUUACUCAGGAAAACGGUGUGGUAAAGGUUUGAAUAACAAACUGAGUAACCCAGUGAUAGAUCUUUCGCUUAAGACUGCAACUGUGCCACCGCAACCUAAUAUGAUUUUAGUUAGUUUUUAUUUUGCAUUCGUUGCCGAAAGAUCACAUAUUCAAAUAUCUACCCUGAUGAUUCAUGGUUAGUUUAAUUGCGGGACAAAAAUAAAACUCCAUAUAAAAUGAAAUGCAUAUUAUAGGGACAUUUGUAUAUAUUAUUACCGACACCUGUACAUACUGGGAUAACCAAAUGUUUAAUCUUAGCACAUUUCUAUUUGAUAAUUUUUUCUGUAUAUAAAAUUGUCUACCAACGUACCAUAAAACCAAUAAAACUUGACCCGAAUUGG